CCCCCAAUCUCACCAUUCCCAAUAACAAUCUGUCGAUAUGACUAGUCAACUCGAUUCUUCGCCCCACCCAUCCCGUCGUCUUCACCGUACAAAGCCUCCACUUCGCCCCGAAACACUCUUUUUCGCAAUAGACAUGGACGAGUCACUCUCCGGGAUCUUCAUCAUGUGCACGUGCGGCUUUGCCUCCCCUGCGUCGCUCUUGCCAGUUGCAUAUAUGUUACAUCAAACCACAGGACCUAGCCCGCAGAGAACAGCAGAAACUACUCCAACAGAUUCUCGCGCAUCUAGGCCUAACACUCGGGAAAAACAUCGUCCCCAUCGCCGAAAGCAAAGUUCUGGAAUUGAGUGGCACGAGCCUUGGACCAAAGACAGUUUCAAGGACGGGCGCGUGCUGCUUAUCGACUACGUCGCGAAAGAUCACAUCGAAGAUGGUAGACGUAAAAUUGUAGCUCAGGAAUUUCGCAAUCUCGACGGCCUGCGCCGCUUCUAUCGUAACGAGGAUCUGAGUGGACAGGCCGCACUCCGCGUCAUUCACGUUCAAAAUGCCAGCUGGGCGCUCAAGUACUUGUUCGAAAAAUUCAACAUCGACUCGCGGAACGACCUGGUCGGGACCAACUUUGGCCGCUGGGCCAAAUAUGAGAAGCCACAGCGAAGAGGCGGCAAACCAGUCCUCAAUGGCAAGACGUUCCGCACACAGCGCGAUCCUUGGCGUGGUGUUAGUAGGGCAGCUUUCGGAUGCGACUACCUGAAGCACUACGAUAAGCAUAAGCUAGCAAACGGUGAGAAGAUGAUGGAAUUGAACCGUUACGACGAGAACGAUCAGCCCGCAUAUGGCUAUGAUGUGUUUGUACAGAGGCUGAGUGUCUAUGUGCAAUUGAACGACGGCGAAUCUGGUAUACCCGUGGAUCCAGACAUCCAAAACCCUUACAAAGACGCAAACUAUGACAGAUAUGAAUUGAUGAAGAAGCACUACGAGGCCACUGAAGCGAAUACCAAAAAUGGCGGGUAUGCUCAGGAAAAAUAUAUCCCGAAACUAGAAUCACUAGACAACGGCAGCACAAUCAUAUUGUUCGAAUCGUCGCAGUCUAGGUCGGUAGAAGAUACUUUGAUAGGGGCACGCCAGGAAAUUGAACAGCGAUGGAGGAGACUUACCUUCUAUCUGCCACGGGAAGAGACGGAGAGUGACGAGCAACUGACGGUGGAAUGUAUGGAUUUCAUCCUCCGCGACAUCUUCAAGGCCGUUGCGUUUUCAUGGGAAAGAUACAUCAACGUGUGCGAAACCCACAUAGGCAUCCUCGAAGACAAGAUUUACGAGAACCCCGCCGAUGAAAGUCGUGCACCCGAGCUUUGGACCAACUCCGGCUUGUGGCUCAAAGUAGAGCGACUAAUGUAUCUGCACGCAGAUAUCGUCAAAGAGAUGCGUAAUCAUCUGAAAGAUCUCGCGAGCGCGACCUUGCCAGAGCACACCAAAUGGCUGGAACAAUCCGCAGACGAAGUCGAAAAACUCAUCACCCUCUUCCAGGAAGGCGUUCUUAAGCCGACGGAUCACCUCUCCGAUCUCAUGUACAAAAGUGUAGGGAUCCGCGACGCGCGACAUUCUCUACAACUCGAUCUCUCCAUGUGGCGCCUGAGCUGGAUCACCUUCAUUUUCCUCCCGCUAACCUUCAUGUGCGGCUUCUUCGGUAUGAACGUCGACACAUUUGAAGAUAACCCGUCCAUCAAAUGGUUUUUCAUCACCACGGCUCCUCUCUUCGUCGUCAUGAUUGUGACCUGGUACUUCGUGAAGCACGCCUUGGCCUCGGCGCGACAAGAUCCCCUUCGCCGAGGUGUUUACGAAUCCCUCUAUCACUCUCUCGCGACCGAGUACCCUGCGCUGUGGUCGCGACGCGGACCUCGCGAGGAAGUCAUUCCCGUUGGCAUCUGGGCACGCAUCAAGUGGAACCUUCUGCUCUCGUGGUUCAGCCCCGAAAAAACACUACUGGCCUCCCGCGGCACAGAUCCGGGCGACGAUGAGCUCAGCGCUUGGUCUCGCAUCAAACGACAUCUUGCACGUCGCUGGCUCGGUCGUCUCGCUGUUCUUCCGAUGACGCCGUCGCAGAUCGAACUUAUUGACAACGACGUCGAGUUUGCGCCAGAAGAUCUUUCCACCGUGGCCCAGCUCGUCAAUGCUGCGACCCCGAUCGCCAUGGCCGAUGGUGAGCCUACGGCUGCAAACCGUGUGCGCAAGAAGAGAAGUCUAUUCGGAAGGUUGAGGAGCCCGAGUCCCAAUGGGCGCACUGCAGAUAGACCGUUAUCAGAGACGUCAGAUGGAAGGCCUGGGAGUGGGAUCAUGAUCGAGGAAAAGGCAGCCAGUGAAGACGAAGGAAGUGCUGGGGAAGGCGAGGGAGAAGCGAGGCAGAGGGCUCAACGGGCAGCACACCAGGAAGGUUUGAGAGUACCGUAUCGGCCUAUGAGCGGGUAGUCUGUCGACAGUGUAAAUGUUGGGCUUUGAUCUCACCAUAAUGGGGAAGCGAGAUAUUAGUGAAGAGCACUGCAUCUAUGACCCAGCUGCUCCUGAUGCCAUGUUUUAUGAACACCACUUGCUUGCUUAGUUUACUAUUCUUUUUCUCUUAUGUAUAACGAAGUUUCAUGAACAAUAUCUCCUGGUAGAAUGAGGAAUUCACUGGCUAAUCUUGAGGAACUGCUUUUGUGCACUAUCUGACCCCGUGAACUUUUCGAGGAAUAAUUUCUCUCUUUCCCAUGAUGUGGCGAAGAAUGUUAAGCUAGCAACUUCCGUUGAACGAUUUCCACACGAUUGUCUGCUUUU